AUGAUUGUUCCGCGUGGUCUCUUCGGCGAUGCGCCGCCUGAGCCGCGGUCGAGAUUGGCCAACAACCCCACGCUUCUGUUCAGUUGGUGGUGCACUGGGAUGGCUCUCACCACUAUCCUGGUCCGGUUGAUGGGACGGCUCGUGAGGAAUGAUCGCUUGUUCCGCGAAGACAAACUCAUGGCCUUGAGCAUCAUUCCGCUACUUCUCCGAAUGGCAUUCAUACAUCCCGUGCUUCUGUUCGGAACGAACAACGUUGCUACGGAUAGCCUGAGCGCGGAACAGAUAUACACCCACUCGAUAGGGGCAAGACUGGUACUUGGUGCAAGGAUAUUCUAUGCGCUUUUCAUAUGGACCGCCAAGUUCACCGUCUCCGAAUUUCUUAAGCGCCUCACCUGCAGAUUCUGGAAACGAGGGUACGAAGUCGGGCUGAGGAGUAUCAGGAUAUUCUUGGUCGUCACCUUCUUCAUGGUUGUCAUUGCAACGCUCGCCGAGUGUCAGCCAUUCGACCAUUACUGGCAGGUCGUCCCGGACCCGGGUCCAAGGUGUCGCAGCGGCUAUGCGCAUCUGAUCACCAUGGGCGUCGCCGAUAUCAUCACCGAUGUGCUGCUCAUAGUGUUCCCUAUACCGAUUAUCAUCAAAUCGGCCAUGCCCAUGGCACGCAAGGUCGCCCUGGUGUUGCUCUUCGCUAUGUCUCUCAUCUUGAUUGCCGUCACCGGCGCAAGGGUUCCUUUAGUAAUCCAGCACCAAGGCCGGCAGCAGUACCGUACCGUUUUCGCGUCGGGAGAGAUCCUUGCAGCGACAGCUGUAUCCAACGCAGUCGUCCUGGGCUCUUUCCUCCGAGACCGCGGUGUCAAAAAGGCAAAAUUCAAAACCGUCUCAAGAACGGACAGCAUGGAACGGGGUUCACGAAGAGAAACCAUCGCGGUGCAGCAGUGGGGCAGUGACGAAGAUCUCAUCCGCGAUCUCCCUGGCUACCAGCUGGACCCUGAGCUCCACAGGACACAGAGCGGGCCUCGCCGCCCGUCAGUAGCAGUCUCGACUGACACGAUGAUGAGUGGCGCGAACACUGUACCUUCUGGGAAGCAGGGGUGGAAGAGUCUCGACACGACUGCUGAAAGCUGCAGGAGCAGCGAAGGUAGCGAGGAGACAGAGACCGACCUCAAGUCUCCCAUCACGCCAGGUCCUAUGCCAAAGCCCCAAGAGGUUCGCGUCGUACAUCCCAAACAAAACAUGGCUUUCUUCGACUAUGGCGGGCUACUUGACACAAGUCCCGCCUCUGCUUCCACCAUGGCCUCUCCGACCGGAGACGCUACGAGCGCCCAAGACUUCGCAUCACCGAGACGAGGCUCAAGGAGAGGCGAUCGCGGAAUUUUUCUGUGCCUGAAGGCGAUUCUUAUGAGUUGA